GGACAUUAAACCCAGAGAACUCUACCUGCUCUUCAGGCCAUUCAAGGGGUAUGAAGGGUCCCUGAUCAAGCUCACGUCAAGACAGCCUGUUGGUUUUGUGAUCUUUGACAGCCGGGCAGGAGCAGAAGCAGCCAAGAACGCAUUAAAUGGUAUUCGCUUUGAUCCCGAGAACCCACAGACCCUGAGACUAGAGUUUGCCAAAGCCAACACCAAGAUGGCCAAGAACAAGCUAAUGGCGACACCAAACCCCACCAAUGCCCACCCUGCCCUUGGAGCACAUUUCAUCGCACGGGACCCCUGUGACCUGAUGGGAGCUGCUCUGAUCCCCACAUCCCCUGAGACCUGGGCCCCCUACCCUCUGUACGCCACAGAGCUGACCCCGGCCAUCUCACAUGCCGCGUUCACCUACCCGGCAGCCACUGCUGCUGCCGCCGCCGCCCUGCACGCUCAGGUGCGCUGGUACCCUUCCUCUGAUACCACCCAGCAAGGAUGGAAAUACCGUCAGUUCUGUUAGUUCUUCAGUCUUGUCAGCUUGAAGUCCUGGCCCCCCGCUGGGGAGGAAGCUGCCCUGAGCUUCCACUGCCCCCAGGCGGCCUGUGGCGCCCUGCUGCUUCCCUCCAAAGACUGUGAAUAUUAAGCCUGACUCAGUGGACUGCUUCCUGUUUCCUUUCUCUCCUCUCUGCCCUGCCUGCCCAAAGCCCCUCUCCAAGGCCUUAUGGGAAUUUUCAGAGGUCUUUUCCCCCCAGGACACCCAGGGCCAGCUCAGAGGCCUCACUGGGACCGAGCAAGGCCUAACCCUUGGUCCAGACUUGCUUCCACAGCUCCACCUCAAGGAAAGAGGCCUUUAAUUUUGCAUGUUUUCUGGCAUGAAUUAUGACACUUAAAAUUUGUGUAUAUGUGAGUGUACAGUUUGUUCUCACUUUGUGUCACUAUAGCAACAGGUCCCAGCCACUACAACUCAGCCUUCCUGAGUCCCCCCACACCCCUGCCAUACACCCACCCUACUUCACUGAGGCCAAGCCCUGCAGCCAGUCCCACCCAGGGCCCCCCCUCCACCCCACACACUUGCAGGCUGAACAGCACUGACCGCCUGACAGAGAUAGUAUUUUCUUUUUCAUUUCAGGUCAGGGUUCCCCAUUUCGUAGAUGGGCCAACAACUGUUAAGAAAAUCCUUUCUCUGCCCAUUUUGCUUACCUCUUCACAGCACACCCCACCUCUGCCACUGGCUCUUAUUCUUUCAAACUGCAAAACCAACCAAAAAUUGAAAGUAUUUUUGUACCCUGUGUAACAAAAUAUUUAUGCAUCAUAAAGGAUUUUUCGUGUGUGUGCAAUUAAUUAUUAAAGAGACCUUGUUUGCCCUGUCAGAUAAGUUUAAUGUUUUAGUUUGAGGCAUGAAGAAGAAAAGGGUUUCCAUUCUCCAGCAGUGAGCUUUUGUGUCACAUGUUAGUUUAAAGAAAAAUGAAGGAAAAAUCGUGCAAUUUUAUUUUGUUUGGUGAGCAUAGCAGUGCUUUGCCUUCCGCCACAGCUGUGAAUGUCUUGCCGUUUUCAGACGCGGGAGACUAGGUGACUGUUGUAAUUGCUGAUCCUUUGAGAAUGUGAAACUGGAUAAUAUAUGAAAUGCAAAAUAAAA